UAUAGCUAUUAGCUAACAUGGGAGGUCACCGCUCACCAGCAUUUUGAGAGAGAGAGAGAGAGAGAGAGAGAGAGAGAUGGAGACUAUAGUUUCCUUGGCUGUGACGAAGCUGGCUGAUCUCUUAGCACAAGAAGUUGGGUUUCUCAAAGGAGUAGAUGAUGAGCUGAGAUCCCUUCAUGAUCUUCUCCAAUGGAUUGAAGCACUCCUUAAAGAUACCGAUAUUCACAGCAACAAAGAUGAUGAACGUGCUAAGCUUUGGGUGAACCAGGUACGAGAUCUUGCUCAUGACUCCGAGGACAUCAUCGACGACUAUGUCUUCAAAAUGCAUAAACACAAGUCCAUCCGCGGUUACUUCUCUUCCUUAAGAACAUUUGUUGUUCUUCCUUCAAAAUUAGUAAUCCUCCAUGAACUUCACAAUAAUAUUGGCAAGGUCAAGGGGAGAGCUCAGGAGAUCUAUAAUAAUCGUACGUUUGCCUAUGGGAGCAUUGGAGCAACUUCUUCAGAUCCAUUUGCCAAUAAAGAAAGACAACCACCACCAUUGAUGAGCAGGAGACCAAUUGCAAGUCCAGUUUUGGAGGAGGAGGUGGAUGUUCUGGGCUUUGAUGCGCAUUUCCAGUCAUUGGCAAGGAUGCUGAUUGGGGAUGAUGUGAAUCAGCUGAGGCGUGCUGUGGUAUCGAUCACUGGCAUGGGAGGUGCAGGCAAAACCACUCUCGCCAAGAAGAUCUUCUCUGACUCUGGCAUCAGGAGGCACUUUACCUGUCAUGCAUGGAUCUGGGUCUCACAAAAGUAUCGACCUCGAGAAGUAUUAGAGACCAUUGCUAAAGAUGUGAUUAGUAUGCCUAAGAAAGAAUCGAAAUACCUAAGCGAUGAGGAGUUGAAUCAGGAGGUUAUUAAGUACUUGAAAGAAAAGAAAUACUUGGUGAUCUUAGAUGAUGUAUGGAGCAAAAGAGCUUGGGAUAGCAUCAAAAAAGUGCUACCAGACAUGAUGAAUGGAAGUCGAGUGUUGUUAACCACUCGCAACCAUGAUGUAGCAUUGUAUGCAGAUAGGCAGAGCCCUCCCUACGAUCUCAGGUUCUUGGGAGAAGAAGAUAGCUGGAGGUUGUUUUGCAGAAAGGCAAUUCCAACAAAGUGCAGCAAUGAUUGUCCGCCAGACUUGGAAGAUAUAGGAAGAAAGAUGGUAGCGAAAUGUUGCGGUUUGCCGCUUGCCAUCAUUGUAUUGGGAGGGCUGGUGUUGACUAAACGGCAAUCAAAGGAGGAAUGGAAGAAGAUGCUAAAAAGCGCCAAUUGGCAACUCAGGCAGGGUGAAGAGCAGAUCUCAGAAAUGCUAGCUCUCAGCUACCAUCAUCUCCCUUACUAUAUCAAACCAUGCUUUCUCUACUUUAGCAUCUUCCCCAAGGGCUCUCUGAUCAGUGCCAAGAGGCUUAUGCGAAUAUGGAUUGCGGAGGGGUUUAUCCAACCCAGAGGCCAGGAAACAAUAUUGGAGGAAGUCGCAGAGGAUUACCUGGAGGAUUUGGUGCAUUGGAGUAUGAUUCAAGUGGUGGAGAGACAUGAUCAUGGCGGCAUCAAGAUUUGUCAAAUCCAUGAGCUUCUCCAUGACCUCUCAAUCUCUCUUGCCCAAGAUAUAAGAGAGCUGCCAUCCUCCAUCGGCAAACUCACUAAUCUGCAAACUCUUGACGUCAAAAAUUCCAUGUAUAUCAGUGAGCUACCAAGUCAAGUGUGGAAGAUGCAGCGCAAUCUAAGACAUUUGGAAGGCACUGGUUUUUCCAUCAAGGGACAACCAAGCACUGAGAGCCUGCCCAAUCUACAAACUCUGUCAAGUGCUAAAGGUGACACAUGGUUGGAAAAUGGUUUACAAAAGAUGACAAGUCUAAGAAAACUAGGAGUUCAUGAUGUCACUGGCACUUGUAAAGUGGCAUUGUUAGAUUGUCUUAGCAAACUAGACAAUCUCAAUAAAUUGGCAUGGAAAGCCGGGCAAGAUGGUAUGGUACCUAGCUCAAUACUCUCCACUAGUCAACACAAGAAUAAACUCCAAGUUCUUUAUUUGCAUGGCCGAUUGGAAGGGCUGCCAGAUGUUACUUGCAUGCCUGCGAGCCUCACCAAGUUGACCUUUGAAUUAACAAUGCUUCGAGAAGAUCCCCUAUUGAAGUUAGGGAAGCUAGAUAACCUUCAGGUUCUUAGAUUAAGACAUCAUGCUUUUGUUGGAAGGGAGAUGAUUUGUUCGGAGAAAGGAUUCCCUCAAUUGAAAGUGUUAGAACUGAAUUCCUUACAUGAAUUGAAGCUGUGGAGUAUAGAGGAUGAAGCCAUGCCAAAGCUUAGAGAACUGGAAAUAGAGAAAUGUCCUCUGAGGAUGCUUCCCCAGGGCCUUCCAAAGGUUACCAGUCUACAAGAGUUAAAAGUGAUAGGCAUGAAUGAUAACUUCUGCAAAAGGUUGAGACCAAAUGAUGGUGAGGAUUGGGAAAAAGAUCAAACACAUACCUUCAGUCGCCAUCAUACCUGCUCGUUCUGUUAA